AUGAUUAUUGAAAGAAAUGCAUCAAUCCUACGGGCACGACGUUUCUAUCGAACCGGAAUAAUGAAUUAUGACUACCUGUCUAGGGUCCGGUGUCUUUCCCUAAUCCUUCAGGGCAAAAUGGGGUACCCUAAACAAAUCUUCUUACGCGUAUCAUGUCUUUGUCUUUCUUUCACCUACUUAUAUUACCAGAGUUUGAAAGCAUCAGCUGCAGCGUGUAGUGGUUGGUUGGUAGGCAGAGCAAUGCUAUGUUAUGUUAUUGCCAAGAAUGAUAUCCAAAAAUAUACUAGCAAUGACUCUGGUUUAGAUCCAUUUGCUCCUCUCAGGCUAUUCUUCACAAGCCAAACUACUUCAUUGCACCCGGCUCCAAGAAGUACCGACCCGACAAUGAAUAUUUUAUAUCGCGUAUCCCCAGAUGUGUAUACAGCAACUCUCAAUCAGGAUACUCAAUUUGUAAACAAACUAAAGCAAUUGAAUGAUAUCUAUUGCGAGCAAUAUGAGAAAAAAAUUCAAGUCUUUUGA